AUUCAAGCCAGCAAGUUUGGAGAGCGUGUUGAGUUUAAUCAAUUCAUAACGUCGAGAUGGAGCCGAACUCACUGAAGUGGGUGGGCUCGUCUUGCGGUUUACAUGGACCAUAUAUAUUCUAUAAAGCCUUUAAAUUUAACCGGGACGGCAAAGCGAGGAUUCUGUCUCUUGGAGACUUUUUCUUCGUCAGAUGUAAACCGGAGGAUCCUAUUUGCAUAGCGGAGCUUCAGCUGCUCUGGGAAGAAAGAACAAGCAAGCAACUUUUAUCAAGCUCCAAACUUUAUUUUCUACCCGAGGAUACUCCCCAGGGACGGACAGUCACUCAUGGAGAGCACGAAGUAAUUGCAGUGUCCGAGAAGGUCAUUGUGCGGCUGGAGGACCUGGUGAAGUGGACGGUACCAGACUUCUCAGGAUGGGCCCACGGUCUGAAGGCCGAGCCUCUCAAACCCUCCGUGCUCCGGGAGCUGGGGACCAACGGGAGGCGGGAGGCCCUCCACCGCUACAGAGAGAGCACCCUGACCAGCGGACUCAACUUCAAGGAUGUCCAGAGGGAGAGGGCGCAGCUAGGCCAGGAGGAGGACGGGCGGAAGGUUUUGGUCCUCAGUUACCCCCAGUAUUGCCGCUACCGCUCGGUCUUGGCGCGGCUAAGCCAGCAGCCGUCCUCCCUGCUCAUAGACCACACGGUGCUGGCACUGGGCGGCAUCGCUGCGUUGGGCGGGAACACGAGGAUCCUCUACUGCCGGGACACCUUCGAACACCCCACCCUGCUGCAGAAUGAGAGCAUCUGUGACGAGUUCGCUCCCAACCUGAAGGGGCGACCUCGGAAGAAGAAACUGUCCAUUUCUCAGAGGAGGGACUCCCAGGGUCAGGCUCAGGGUCAAGGGUCAUCAGGGUCAGCCCAGGGGUCAACAGCAGUGGCAGCACAAGACCCCUGCAGCCCAGAGAGCAAAACUACUACCAAGGUCAAACCCAACUGUAAAACGGUACCCAACGGAAAAAUAACCCCGGCAGCCAAACACAAGGCCAACGGCCUCAGCAAGAAAUCCUCAGCUGAGGAGAAGGAGAGAGGGAAGGAUAGGGAGAAGGAAAAGGAGGAGAGGAACGAGGAGGAGAAAACAGAGGAGGAAACAUCAGAGGAGAGUCGAGCGGAGGAGCAGGCUUUCUUAGUAGCGCUCUACAAGUACAUGAAAGACAGAGACACGCCCAUAGAGAGGAUUCCCUUCCUCGGCUUCAAACAGAUCAACCUUUGGACUAUGUUUCAAGCUGCUCAGAAACUUGGAGGAUAUGAGUUGAUCACAGUGCGUAGACAGUGGAAGCACGUAUAUGAUGAAUUGGGCGGGAACCCCAGCAGCACAAGUGCCGCUACGUGUACACGGAGACACUACGAGAGGCUCCUCCUUCCCUACGAGAGGCACAUUAAAGGUGAACAGGACAAACCCCUCCCUUUGGCCAAACCCAGGAAGCAGGAGGGCGGCCAAGAGAAGGCCUCAGGAGCCAAAGCCAAAGGAGUUGGGGCCAAGAAAUUUAAAGGCCCCAACAAUCCCAAGCUGGGGAGUAAAAAGGACAGAGGGGAGACGGUGAAAGGCCAAGAACAAUCACAGGACUCCAAGGGGAAAGAGGAGAAUCAUGAACUGUCCACGGCCGUAAAACAGGAGGUGUCUCUGAGAGAUGAACCGAUUGUAAUAGAGGAGGAAGAGCUGCAUCUUACCCUGAAGAAAGAGGAGUCCUUGGCAGUGGAGCAGCCGUCUUCGCUGUGCCCCAAAGAGCCAGACUGCCGAGCCCCACACGCCAGCCUACCCCUCCACACGGGGCCCGGUCCCCAGCCUGAGUGGAGGCAAACCAUAGAGGCCCUCCAAGCAAAACUGACCUGUGAACAGCAAACUGAAGGGCAUUUCAUUCCUAAAAACCCAUACCUGCCUCACCGUUGGGAUCAGAACAAACCUGCUGGACAUGUUGCUCUGCCUGAGUCCUCCUCCAGGGUCAAAGACUCCCUAGAAAGUCAUGGUGGGAGAGUGGGGAAAGUGUUACCGAUGUGUAAGCAGGCGGACAGACAGUGUAUAGACUUGAGCACAGAUUCCUUCUCAGAGAAAGAAGACUAUGGGGCCAUUAAGAAGGAGUCUUCCCAAGGCCCUGCACAGACAGCUGCCUACUGCAAAGCCAGUCAGGGGGUCAUGUCGCCUUUGGCCAAAAAGAAGCUCCUCUCCCAAGUGUGUGAGUCCAACCCUUACUCCUUUACUUCUCCCUCUCUUCAGCCUCCACCCUCCACGGCCGCUUCCUCUCUCCCUGUCAUAUCAGCGGCUGAAAGGGAGAAGGAAAAACAAAAGGGCGAUGAGGAAGCGGCGGUGGGACAGCGGCACGCGUCAGACAGCAUCUCAGAGGUAGCGCCCAUAUUCAGGCCGUCGGUCAUCCAGCACGCCCAGAGCAGCAAGCCUCACCAGCAAGCCACCAGCGGCGGCCCAUCGGAGAGGAGCACCGCUGGGGAGCUUUCAGAGACUUACGGCUGCCGGACGAGCCAUCACCUCCAGCCUCAAGUCAAUCCGCCGUGGCAGCCGUACCUCCCCCGAGCCCACACCCAGGACAGUGCGGAGAACGCCGGGGAGAAGCUACUCCAAGGCCCAGCCGCUCAGCCCCGGAGCUACGCGGGGGACUGCUACUCCUCCCCUCACCUCCAUAGUCUGUACAGGCAAACUGAGAACUGCCUGAGCCAGGAGAGGAUGGUCAGCUUCACCAACGGAGAGCGGAGAGAGCACUACACCAGGGACCGUGAAGGCAGCCAGGGCUUUGUCUGUGGCGGCCUGGAGCAAGAGGGCUUGGCCUACAGAUCUCACUACAGUGACAGGACUCAAACACACGGGGAGAGCAGAGAGGCAGAUGACGAGCCCAGAGACUUCACAAUUUCUAAACCUCUCUCUCAUAGGGUGUCCUCCUUCUCAAAGCCCUCCUUCUGCAGUCUGCCAUAUCCCAUCAUGCACCAGGGUUUGGAUUCCCACCCUAAGGCAUGCAGAGUUCCUCCAAUGACUAUCUCUCCUCCCAAACAGAGCUCAGCAGAGCCAUCGCAGCCAUUUCCCAGCCCCAAAGCUUCGAGCGAUUCGGCCCUCACCAUCCCCGUUCGGCCCAGCAAACGGAGCCUAGUGGAGCCCGACAACGAGGAAAUCCCAGAGAGGAAAGUCCGCGUAGUGACGCCAAUCCACCCUGCGGGCUCGAUCCGACGCAGCGACCCGGAAGAGCUGAAACCGGCUGAGCCGGCCCAUGCCGUUCACCUCAACAACCACCUCCCUGAGGGCCACCCGACGACCACCUUCCCGCCGCCCCAUGCCGCGCACCUCUACCCCGGCAUGUACCCGCCAGGCAGCCUGGUCUCGCCAGGAGCCCAGGACGGCCUCCAGCAGCACCCGGGCCUGCAGUACCUGAAGAGCCAGUCGGCGGUCUCUCCCCUCGUUCCCUCGUUAGCCUUCCACCCCAUGAUGCUCCAUAGGCAGCUGCUGGCCUCCAGCCCCAGCCCGCACCACUUCUACAGGCACCCAGGUGGGGCGGCACUGUAUGGGGACCUGUUGCACCACCUGUACCCUCUCUCCACCCUCCCACCACCUCAGCUGUCCUCGGUACACCCCAGCACCAGACUGUGAGGGAGAGAGGACAUUUUGCUUCUCCCUCUCCUUUUCUCAUCCAUAGAAACUCUUUCAGCUUUGUCUUUCUGUCUCUCUUUGCUCGGGGAUUGCGGCUCAGUCGAAGGAAAACACUGAUUAUAAAACUUUGGCUGAUUACAGACUGACUCAUAGACUCAUCAGUCAGGCAGACUGAAAAUUCCAUUUUCUUUUUUUUUAUUUGUGUAUGCAUUUGUUUAUAUACUUUGCACUGUUCUUUAUUUUUAUCACCACUUACUGUAUUUUUUUUUUUGUUGUUGUUGAUGUAUCCUUAUUUGCACAAUGCUCAUGUGUAUGUGCUCACAAAUCAGUUUGUCGCUCUCAGUCACCAUGAGUCAGGUUGUUGCUCUGGAUGUGUGAAAAGUGGAGGGCAACAGAGAAAAGCCAUUUGUUUACUGCGUCUGAGGGCUAAACCUUGUUGCUUAAAAAAAAACAAAAAAACACUACAAGUAACAUGACAACAUAAAUGAAAUUCUUUAUAUUACUAGAGGUGCGUUCGCCAUCGCAAAUGAUGCUCAAGCAGCUCUUUAGCGCAUUAUUUACACUUUAGGCAGCCAGUGGUGUUGUAUCUGUUUACAUGUCUCCACGCUGAAAGCUGUUGCCUCUUUGUGCCACAGUAAAAAAAAAAGAAAAAGAAAAAAAAAAUUCACCUGGACUCCUUGGAAUAGACAUUAACACUCACUGCGGUGCUGCAUAACAUUGAAAUAGUUUCAUCAUAACAUUCAGAGGUGCUGUGUAUGACAGAUGUACUGUAGACUCACUUUUUACUCAGUUCAGGUUUGUGUCUGUUGUGUAUUUCAGUUCAGAGACAGCAUAAGCAGUCAUCAUGUUGGAUCUGUGGACAAAUCACGAAUGUGUUUUUUUUUUUUUUUUUUUGGUUAGAGUUAAUGAAAAGCCGUUUUAAUUUUUACUUUCUAAAUUGAAAGUAAUUUGACCCCAGAACCCCUUGUGAUGAGUAGACUGUAGCAGCUUGUUUUUUUCGUCUGUAGGACCAGCAUAAUGAAGCGGCCGUCAGCUGCGGAAUGCUCACCACAAGAAAUCAGCAUUUCAUCUUUUUUUGUUCCUGACUUGAAAAGCUCUUUUUUUCCUUUCCUUUUUUUUUUUUUUUUUGGUCAACGAGCUCAAUUCAACACGCUGAAAAGACUCACUGUAUGAUUUAACAGGAAUGUUGUCACUUUGGAUAUUAUUGCUUUGCAAAUAUCUGUGCCUUUCGCAGUCUUGGAUUAGAGUUAGCACUACAGUUGUUAAGGUUUAUCUUCUGUAGCAGGGUAGGAAUAUUAAUAUUACUGUCACUCUUGUCUGAAAUGCAGCACACAGACAUUGAUACAAAAACUAUAUGGCACACUUGGCUAUCAGACACCAGACUCGAUUGGUAAGGCACAAAAUUUAAAGUUAUGAAUCAACCUGGUGGUUACUAUUAAUCUAUUUACUUAGCUUAACUGUGUCAGGCAGUCAGUUUUAGAAGAAACUGAAAAGAUUUACUGAUCGACACAGGUCUGGUGUCUGGCUUCCGCAGGGCAUGUGUGCUGUAUGUGUUUUCUAGCAGUGAUGAAAAGGUACCAGACUCCAUAAAGUAUGCCUACCAUGCUCCAAUGCCUGAGGUAGCAAGACGACACCUGCUCUGGCUUUUACAACCACUAUAAUUGCAAUCCAGGAUAGUCGAAAUACACAGUGAACAUGUCUGGUGUUUCAAAAGAGGAGAAAAAAAGCUGUAAAUGUCUAUGUGUAAAGUUUUACUGAAUACUUAGAUAAAGACAUUCAUUUCUGAUUAAGUACUGUACAUUGCUGUGUGUAGGUAAUACUGGCAUUAGUGCUGGCUCCUGUACAGAACAUUCAUACGGGAUCAAAUCAUGACAACCCCUCUCUCUUGUCUUAUUUUCUCUGUAAAUAGCAGUGUAGAUAGUACCGCGUGGUUGUUAUCAUAUAAACUGUUAUAAUCUGUAAAUAGUAUAAAAAAAACAGUAUAAAAGUCGGUUACACAAUCUAGCUGUGUCCUUGUUUGCUCCGUUUCAAGGUCACCGUGAUCAUGUUAGAUUUAAACAAACACUACAAUUUAAGAAUUAGGAUACUCUUUUUAUUUGUUGUCGUUUCACUUUUAUUUUACACGUUGUUUCCAUUAAUGUGCAUCCUGAAAGUGUUUUUGAUACAGUAGCCAUCUGUUUACCAAUCACCCAGCUGGCGAGCAAGACAAAAAAUAAAGACAUUUUGUAUAUGACCUCCUGUAUAUUUAAUUAAAAUAUUUUACUAUC